CACAUUUAAGAUAACAGCAAAAAAUAACACGCACUUAGUGUUACCAUACUAGGGGUGUGGCAAUUUUCUUUCGUUCGCUCCUCUCUGUCUCUCACGAUAAACUCAAUGAGGUUGUCUAUUUUUAACCUCCUGUUCUUUCCUUUUGGCAGAGUAAUCAGUGUGAGCUGAGCUCUUUCCCUGAAUGAAUCUAAGUAACCCUGGUGGUUGCCUUCUGAAAUGACCAGCAGACACACAACUGUCCAGAGGCUGCCCAAAGUAUAAACUCUGGUUCUAAAGUACCAUGUCCAGCCAAGGAAGUCCUAGUGUGGAGUUUUCUACGACGACAGUCAGUUCAGUCGCUGUGCAGGCUGGGGACUCCAAAAUCGUUAUAGCUGUCAUAAAGUGUGGCAGAUGGGUACAGCUUCAACUGGCUGAAUCACAGCCCAAUCUUCUAGAAAUUGGCUGCAGUCAGGAUGAAAGCAAAAAACUUCUUCAUGAUCAUGAACUUCUUUUGGCCAAGCUCAAGGCUUUGGAAGAUCGGGUGUGGGAACUCUUGAAGGAGGCAGACAAGACAGCUGAAGAGAACAAGGAUCAGAGUCAGGUCUAUGAUGCCAUGGCUGAGACUCUGGGUGAAGCAUGGGCUGCCCUGGUCUCCAUGCUUGAAAGAAGAACGGAUCUCCUUAGGUUGACUUCUGAAUUUUUUGAAAAUGCUUUAGAGUUUGCUAUUAAAAUAGACCAAGCUGAAGAUUUCCUCCAGAAUACUCAUGAGUUUGAGAAUGCUGAGUCCUUAAAAUCACUUCUUCAGCUUCAUGAACAUCAUACUAAAGAACUCUUAGAACGGUCUUUAGCACUUUUAAACAAAAGUCAACAACUCACUGACUUCAUAGAAAAAUUCAAGUGUGAAGGACCUAAUGUGAAUCCCGAGUUGAUUCAGGCAGCUCAUAGCAGCUGUCUGAAGAUUGACAGCCUUCUUGAACUUCUACAAGACAGGAGAAGGCAACUAGACAAGUACUUGAAGCAACAGUGGCAAGAAUUGAGUCAGGUUCUGCAGAUAUGUCAGUGGGACCAACAAGAAAACCAGGUUACUUGUUGGUUUCAGAAAACUAUAAGAGAUUUACAGGAACAAAGUCUAGGUUCAUCACUUUCAGACAAUGAGGAUCUAAUUCGUAAGCACGAGGAACUGAUAAUAAAAGCAAAGGAAUGGAAUUCUGCUGUUGAGAAGCUGAAGAGGGAGGCACUGGGAAUUCUGCUGUCAAAGGACUAUGUGGAGAAAGAACACCUCCAGCUCUCUCACCAGAAACUGAGUCAGCUUCAAGAAGAAUUUGGUCAACUCAUGGUGGAAAGGAAUACCUGGUUAAAGGAGGCAAAUGAAUUUUUUAACAGUGCUAACAAGGCAUUUGAUGUACUUGGAAGAGUUGAAGCUUACCUUAAGCUCCUUAAAUCAGAGAGUUUAAGUCUGGCUGUUUUGGCAGCGAGGCAUGCGGAAUUACACAGAAAAAUUAAAGACUGCACAGCUGAUGCUUUGCAAAAGGGACAAACCUUAAUCAGCCAAGUAGCCUCCUGCAGUUCUCGGGUGUCCGGCAUCCAUGAGAUGAUGGGGUGCAUUAAGAGACGAGCGGAUCAUCUGACCGAACAGUGUUCAGCGCACAAGGAAUUUGCUCUUAAGAAACAGCAACUAACAGCCUUGGUGGAGGGUUACCUAAGGAAGGUGGAAAUAUCAAUUCAGAAAAUCAGUCCAGUACUUUCUAAUACAAUGGAUGUCGGUUCCACCUAUUCUGAAUCGGAGAAGAUUUUGCAUAAAUAUCUGGAAUUAGAUAUCCAAGCUAAGGAGACAUCACAUGAAUUAGAAGCAGCUGCAAAAGUCAUGAUGGAGAAAAAUGAAUUUGAACCUGAUGAAAUGGCAUCACUUUCCUCUAAAGCUAGAUGGCUAUCAGAAGAAUUAACCCAACUUGGCCAAAGCAUUGACUCCAGAUCAAAAGUCCUGCAAACUCACGUGGCAUUUCUGAAGUCAUCAGAGGAGGUAGACAUGCAGUUUCAGAGCUUAAAAGAAUUUUAUGAAACUGAAAUCCCUCAGAAGGAGCAGGAUGAUGCUAAAGCCAAGCAUUGUUCUGACUUGGCUGAGAAGCGGUGGCAGCUAUUUUUAAAGAAGAGUUUUUUAACACAAGAUCUAGGACUUGAGUUCCUUAAUUUAAUAAACAUGGCAAAAGAGAACGAGAUAUUAAAUGUGAAAAAUGAAGUGUACAUCAUGAAGAACACCAUGGAAACCCAGAAAGCAGAAAGGGAAGAACUCAGCCUCCUUCGGCUGGCAUGGCAGCUUAAAGCCACGGAAAGCAAGCCUGUAAAACUGCAGUGGAUGGCAUUCAAAGAGCAGCUUAAAAAGACUACUCACAACUUAAAACUUCUUCAGGAAGCGCUUAUGCCUGUGUCUGCACUUGACCUUGGAGGGAGCCUCCAGUCCGUUUUAGACCUACGACAGAAAUGGAAUGACAUGAAGCCUCAGUUCCAGCAAUUGAAUGAUGAGGUUCAUUACAUUAUGAAAGAAUCAGAGGAGUUAACUGGCAAAGGAGCCCCUGUAAAAGAGAAUUCUCAACAACUGAAGGACCUUAUUCACCUCCAUCAAAAACAGAAAGAGAGAAUCCAGGAUUACGAGGAUAUCCUGUACAAGGUGGUACAGUUCCAUCAAGUCAAGGAAGAGCUGAGACGUCUCAUCAAAUCAAGAGAACUGGAGUUUCUAGAGCAGCCAAAGGACCUGGAUGAUGCUCACAAUGUGCACAUUCAUCUCCGGUGCUCUCAGGAAAAGCAAGCACAUGUAGACCAUCUCCACCGACUGGCCCUUUCCUUAGGAGUGGACAUCAUCUCAUCAGUGCAGUGGCCACACUGCUCUAAUGUUUCUGCAAAGAACCUACAGCAGCAGCUGGAGCUCCUUGAGGAGGACAGCAUGAAGUGGCGGGCCAAAGCUGAGGAGCAUGAACAGACCCUGUCCCGUAGUGUGGAGUACUGCAACACAAGAGACGAGAUAAAUGAGCUCAAAGAGUCAUUCAAAGAUAUCAAAAAGAAGUUCAAUAAUUUGAAGUUUAAUUACACUAAGAAAAAUGAAAAAUUUCGGAAUCUGAAGGCGCUUAAAUAUCAAAUUCAACAAGUUGAUUUGUAUGCUGAAAAAAUGCAGGCUUUGAAAAGGAAAAUGGAAAAAGUUAGUAAUAAAACCUCUGAUUCUUUCUUAAAUUAUCCAAGUGAUAAAGUUAAUGUUCUUUUGGAAGCCAUGAAGGAUUUGCAGAAACAUGUGGAUGACUUUGACAAAGUUGUGACAGAUUACAAGAAGAAUUUGGACCUGACUGAGCAUCUCCAGGAGGUGGUAGAAGAGUGUCACUUUUGGUAUGAAGAUGCAAGUGCCACAGUUGUAAGAGUUGGAAGAUAUUCCACAGAGUGCAAGACAAAGGAAGCUGUGAAAAUUCUCCACCAGCAGUUCAAUAAGUUUCUUGCACCCUCAGUGCCACAGCAAGAAGAAAGGAUUCAGGAAGCCACUGACCUUGCUCAGCGCUUAUAUGGUUUGGAAGAAGGACAGAAAUACAUUGAGAAAAUAGUGACAAAGCACAAAGAGGUUCUUGAAUCUGUGACUGAAUUAUGUGGGUCCCUCACAGAGCUUGAAGAAAAACUGAAGCAGGGAGACGUUUUAAAGAUGAAUCUGAAUUUGGAAGACUUCCAUGAUGAUUACAUUGACCUGCUAAAGGAACCAGCAAAAAACAAGCAGACAAUAUUCAAUGAAGAAAAAAGUAAGGGGCAGGCGCAAGUGGCAGAUCUUUUGGCCGUCCAUGGAACAGGGGAACAUCGGCAACAAGACCUGAAGGUGUCCACUGACAAGGAGGGUGGUGUCCAGGGCCUGCUCCUGCCUGAAGACAUGCUCUCAGGGGAAGAAUAUGAAUGUGUCUCACCUGAUGACAUCUCCUUGCCUCCACUCCCGGGAAGCCCUGAGUGCCCCCUUGCACCAUCUGACAUGGAGGUGGAAGAGCCUCCCAGAUCCUCCCUCAGCCUUCACAUAAGCAGCUGUGGGGUGGAGGCUGGGACCAGCAGCCCAGGGGAUGCCCAGGAAUCUGUUCUUCCACCACCUGUUGCAUUUGCAGAUGCAUGCAAUGAUAAGAGAGAAACAUUUUCAAGUCAUUUUGAGAGGCCUUAUCUCCAAUUCAAAGCUGAGCCCCCACUAACCUCUGAAGGAUUCCUGGAAAAGAGUACUGCCUUGCACAGAAUCAGUGCUGAACAUCCAGAGAGCAUGAUGAGUGAAGUGCAUGAGAGAGCUUUACAGCAGCACCCUCAGGCUCAGGGCGGUUUGCUAGAAACUCGAGAGAAAAUGCAUGCUGAUAGUAACUUCACUAAAACUGAAGAUAGGCUGCAUGCUUCCCCUGAUGCAUCCUUGGGCCUCAGGUUUCAAUCAGGCACCAGCAGGGGCUAUCAGAGGCAAACGGUUCCUCAAGAAGAGAUUAAAAGCACAUCAACAAAGAGCAGCGUGGUCAGCCUAGCUGACCAGGCACCUAAUUUCUCCAGGCUCCUGUCUAACGUAACUGUCAUGGAAGGUUCUCCAGUGACUUUGGAAGUUGAAGUAACAGGAUUUCCAGAGCCUACACUGACAUGGUACAAGAAGGGCCAGAAACUGUCUGCAGAUGAGCACUUACAGGUUUUACACAAGGAGACAAGGCAUUCGGUGUUCAUUCGGAAGGUAUGCAAGGCAGAUGCAGGCCUCUAUGUGGCUCAGGCCCGAAACUCUAGCGGCACUCUCUCUUCCAGUGUCAUCCUCCACGUGACAGGUAACUGCAGGCCGCCAAUCACAAGAAUUAACUGGAUAACCCUGUGUGUCAUCUAUGUUAGUGUGUUCCUAAUGUACUGGCUACUCACACAAUAACUGUGGUGGUGGCACCAAUGGACAUAAUUUUCAUGUGCCAAAAGAACAAUGCAGCUGUUUAUCUUCCUGUACCUCUUGCAGAGCAUCUCCUACCAAGUGUAUCUCCAGUCUGUUCACUGUAUUUGUUUGGCUAAUACCACUGCUAGGUGAAAUAAUCAAAUUUUCUUGUGUGUUUAAUUGUAUUUGAGAAGCUUGGUAAAUUAUCUGUAGUGGAUGAGAACAUAUUUUUGUAUUCUAGAAAGAGAUGUUUUCAAUAUAAUAUGCAGCAAAAUUAUUCUAUGCUUAUUCCCUCCUAAUUUAAGGGUGUGCAGAUGAAGGCUGACUCAACAUCGAAAUGUGCUAAAUUUCAAAUACAGUCGUGUGAUGAUUUAUUUUUAAUUGCAUUUUAAAACAUCUCUUUUUAGAGACUAUCAGCAGAACUAUUGAAUUGAAGUUGAAUUCUUGUUUGCAUUAGCUGUCCUUUAAUUUUGCUUUUCAUGUCUUGAUCUUUUUACUGAAAUGCUUUCUAUGUAAUUUCAACAUAGACUACAUUCCUGAGUCUGAUGAUGUCACCGUAAAUAAUCAUUCCUCAUGUUCCUCUCACGGGUUUGACAUUGGAGAAUAGAUGUGCCAUCAACUUUAAAUAGUUUCCAUCUUUGGUCAGCUCUGCGUGUCAUACAGCAUGAUGGAACACAAGUUGCAGGAAAGAACCAGCAUUAUCCGUGUCAUUCUAUUGAUGUGUUUUGAGCAGCAAUAUAUACAACUGUAACCAGGUGUUUCUGCUUCUAAUCUUCAUUCUGCUGAUGACCAUUUUUAUACUCUUUGGCAAAGCAUCUCAUUGCCUCAGUUUCCUGUCUGGAAAAUGAGUUCAUCGUCUACGUCUUGGGCAAUUGAGUUUUCAUUUUGUGUCUUUUAAACAUCUGGAAAAUGGAAAGCACUCUAUGAGGGCUAAGGAUAAUGAUAUUGUUUAAUGUAAUUUGCCAUCAGACUGGCCUCCGGCUCACUAUUUCUUCUUUUUUAGAUGCUAUUUCUUUAGAAUAUUAAAUUAACGGAGUGCUGUUAAUAUGUAAUUUUCAACUAGUCCCAUGGGGGAAAGUGAUGUUUUAUGAAUUGGGGCUUAAAUUCUUUUCGAAUUUCUUAAGACUGCAUUCUUUUCAAAGACUUGAAAUUAAACUCAGGAGGAUACAUUUUGUUUGUUCUAGGGGGAAUCAUGUGUAAUAGGAUGGGCUGAGAUGAGUUAUAUCCUUUUAUAAUAAUUACUAUAAUAUUGGAGUAUUCUAUGCCUUUCUGAAACACUUUAUUCAGAAAAGAUUUUUUUUUCUUCCUUUAAAAAAUAAGCAUGAAGUAGACAGGCAUUUGUUUUUCAGAUUUUCAACAUAGCCUUAUCAUGCUGAGGAAAAUCUUUAGGUGAAAGAAUAAUUCAUUACAGAUUUUUGAUGAAGGGAAGGAAUUAAUUGUGUUGCUGAAAGACUGUCUACAAAUAAUCAAAAUAUUUAAAUGUAAUAUAUUCAAGUGGAUGUUAAAAAGUUACUGAAUUAUCUGAAGAUGCGAAAUGUGUAGUCAAGUAAACAGUUAGCAUAUUCUUUCUUUUACUGCAUAUUCAAUUUAAUUAAAAAAUUAAAUCUCAGUUUCCUUCUAAAUUUUGAUAGAAACGUAUUAAAAGCUCAUAUACACAGCAUCCUAGGGAAUUCUUAUUCUCUUAACUAUAGUUUUUUUGUUUUUUUUUUGAGACAGAGUCUUGCUCUGUACAGUGGUGCCAUCUUGGCUCACUGCAACCUCCGCCUCUGGGUUCAAGCAAUUAUCCUGCCUCAGCCUCCCAGGAAGCUAGGAUUACAGGCAUGCCUAGAUAAUUUUUAUGUUUUUAGUAGAGACCAGGUUUCACCAUGUUGGCCAAGCUGGUCUUGAACUCCUGACCUCAAGUGAUCUGCCUGCCUCAUCCUCCGAAAGUGCCAGGAUUGCAGGUGUGAGCCACCAUACCCAGCCUCUUAUAUCCUUUUUGUCCAAUUUCAAAUAAUGUAUGAAUCUUGCCUAACUGCUGUUGCCCAUGUGGAAGCUAAAGAGUAAAAACCUACUCAUGUCCAGGGCAGGCGAGGCCCAGUAAAAAGUUGUCUCUCUUCCCACUUUCUCUUUCUUACUAAUUUGGCAGGAUCACCCUUCCCAUUUUGUCAAUAUGGUUGAAUUUGUGUGUUGGGGUUGUUAGGGCAUGGGAAUUCCUGGUUUGUUUUCUCUGUUUCAAGUUUGUUCAUGUUAACCCUUUGUGGAGCAGAGUGGAUACAUAUACACCCAUGGUGUAGGAUGAAAGAAGGCACGCAAAAUCCAUUUUUAGAGACAGAGAGAGACGCAGAAGGUGGAGAGCAGAAAGAUUAGAAAAGAGUACUAUGCUGAUAUUCAAGAUACAGUACAGAUAGCUUUCCAUGUAUCUAUCCAUUGACCUAUUAAUCCAGGCUAUUGAUUGACUAACAUGGCAGUAAAGAAUAAUUAUUCACUUAUUCUUCUGGCUGUGUUUUAAUUUCAGAAACUUAAGUGUAAUUUUCCUUUUUGCUAGGGUUUCUGUCAUGAGAAUAUAAUUCUUUUUAUGAAAGUUUCAGUUGCGGUUACUGGUUAAAAAUGUAAGACCUAGGAAAUUUAAGUGUCGUCUCUGUUUUAAGGUAUAUACAUAAUUUAUAACCGUUUACUUCUAAAGAAAAUUCUGAAUGGUUAGUAAUAUCAAAACAUUUUCGACAAGAACCUCAAAUGAAAAGAAUUAAUAAAAAGCAAAUGUGUUACAACUCUUUUAGAAUUUGUCCUGCAGUUUUUUUGUUGAAAAUUAAACUCAGGAUUUUCAACAGAAAACUUUAAAAAACUCCUAAACUCUUUUUUUUUUCAUUGUACUUUAGGUUCUGGGGUACAUGUGCAGAUCAUGCAGGAUUGUUGCAUAGGUACACACAUCACAAUGUGGUUUGCUGCCUCCAUCCCCACAUCACCUACAUCUGGCAUUUCUCCACGUUAUCCCUCCGCAACCUCUCCCACCCACCCACUGACCCUCCCUUGACCCCACAACAGACCCCAGCGUGUGAUGCUCCCCUCCCUGUGUCCAUGUGUUCUCAUUGUUUGUCACCCACCUAUGAGUGAGAACAUGUGGUGUUUGAUUUUCUGUUCUUGUGUCAGUUUGCUGAGGAUUAUGGUUUCCAGAUUCAUCCACAUCCCUACAAAGGACAUAAACUCGUCAUUUUUUAUGGCUACAUAGUAUUCUAUGGUGUAUAUGUGCCACAUUUUCCUUGUCCAGUCUAUCAUCGAUGGACAUUUGGGUUGGUUCCAGGUCUCUGCUAUUGUAAACAGUGCUGCUAUGAACAUACAUGUGCACGUGUCUUUAUAAUAGAAUGAUUUGUAAUUCUUUGGGUAUAUACCCAGUAAUGGGAUUGCUGGGUCAAAUGGAAUUUCUAUUUCUAGGUCCUUGAGGAAGUGCCACACUGUCUUCCACAAUGGCUGAACUAAUUUACACUCCCACCAACAGUAUAAAAGUGUUCCUAGUUCUCCACAUCCUCUCCAGCAUCUGUUGUCUCCAGAUUUUUUAAUGAUCACCAUUCUAACUGGUGUGAAGUGGUAUCUCAAUGUGGUUUUGAUUUGUGUUUCUCUAAUAAUCAGUGAUGAUGAGCAUUUUUUCAUAUGUCUUGUUGGCCUCAUAUAUGUCUUCUUUUGAAAAGUGUCUGUUCAUAUCCUUUUCCCACUUUGGGAUGGGGUUGCUUGUUUAUUUUUCUUAUAAAUCUGCUUUACUUCUUUGUAGAUUCUGGAUAUUAGCCCUUUGUCAGAUGGGUAGAAUGCGAAAAUUUUUUCCCAUUCUGUUGGUUGCCAGUUCACUCUAAUGAUUGUUUCUUAUGCUGUGCAGAAGCUCUGGAGUUUGAUUAGGUCCCAUUUGUCUAUUUUGGGUUUUGUUGCCAAUGCUUUUGGUGUUUUAGUCAUGAAGUCCUUGCCUUUGCCUAUGUCCUGAAUGGUUUUGCCUAGGUUUCUUCUAAAAAGUUCCUAAACUCUUUAAAAAAAGUAAAAAAUAUUUUAUAUAUACUUGACACCUCGAAGAGCUACAAAACAAAAUGUUUUUGAGCUUUUAUAAGGCAAAACCAUUGAGUUUUCCAUCUUUGAUAUUCUAGUAAAAGGAUGUAUAAACAUUUGGUGGUAGUUUUUCCAAGAGAAAUUUACAGUAGGAAGAUUUACAUUUGAAUCUCUGAAUAUUCUACAAUAUUUAAAAUAUUUGAACAAGAUGCAGAAAAAUUUUUGACUAUUUUAAUCAAUACUAGUAAUUUCUAUCACUUGUAAUCAAGACAGAUACUUAAAAAGAUGACUACGAGACCCUGCUAACUGCUUUGCUCAAAUUAAAAUUUCCUCAGAUAGCUCAUAGGCCCUUUACAACCUGGCCUUCCCUCUCCACCUUCUCUCUGGUCCACUCCUAUUGCCCCCCACCACUAGCAAAGUGACAUUUAACUUCAGGGUUUUAACCUAUCAUGCUCUUCUCUCCAUCCUUUUCUUCCUAUAACUCUCUUACUAUCUUCACCACCCUAUCUUCAUGACUUAACUCUUGCUUAUCUUCCAGUACCACUGAGACACAACUUCCCCUGGGAAGCCUCCUGACCUAUCAGGUCCAGAGUAGAUGGUCCUGCCAUGUGCACUGUCAACACCUGCACUGCCCAGCCAUGUCCCUGCAUACACACACUGGAAUCUCAGGUUUGAGCAUCUGUCUCCUCUGGCUGUAAGAUCUUAUCAGCAGGAUCCGUGACAGCCCUGUUGUCAUUGUAUUGCCAGCACCUAAGACAUAGCCACACUCAGUAAACUCUUUUGAAUUGUUGCCAAAGGUAAACAAAGAUAAACCUAGCUUGCUUUUUCUCCCCUUUUUAGAAAGAGGAGAGGGGAAAUGAAAAAGCCAAAAAAAUGAUUCUCCCUUCUUAUAGACAGGAGUCAAUCCAAAUCAUGCCCUAACAAUGAAGCAUGCAUGAGACACUCUCACCUCAUCUGCAAAACUUGUAUGAGAACCCUCCAGACGCUCUGGGCUAGACCUUGAUUGAAAAUUUAAAUUUAAAAAUCAAUGCUGGCUCCAGGGAUUAAAAUAAUAGUGGGGAGGAAAGGGGAAAGGUCCAGGAUUGUUGUUCGUGGAUCAAUAUUGUUCCAACAUUUUAAAGUGUUCCAACAUUUUGAAACGUAUGUACUUAGGCAUAAAUUUUCAUCUGGUAUGAGGAACUGGGUGCCUCCACUCUCUAUGACUAAAUCCAAACUGUCAAAACCAGAAUUUAUGUACUUCCUUAGAACACUACGUAAAUGAUCAAUAUUUAAUUGUAGCUGAGGCUUAGUAAUCUGGGCUGUGAACAGAUCUUAUUUGAAACCAGUAUUUCAUACAUAGUUGUAAAUAUAAAGAAAGCCAAAUCCAAGAACUUAAGAGUAUUUGAAUUCCAAAUGAAGAAAAGAAAGAAUAUCCUAUUUUGUUCUGCUUUGUAUUUGUCUUUAUUCAUGACCAUUUCUUACUAAAGAUUACCGUCUGAAGCUUUUGACACUCCUGUUGUAUGUACAGCAUUGUAAGUGCAGCCAUGAAAUAAGCUAGUUGAAACAAAAUAAAAUAUCUUCUUCCAGUA